UUGUUAGACAAUAUGACAAUAAUAUACAUCACGUAGUUUUUGUGAUUGUUUCGCCAAAGUUAUUGAAACUGAUUCCUUUGUUAUUAUCCAGUGUUAUGAGUCAUUUUUAUCUUCCGCUGUAUUAUUUUAGGCAAAGCCACCAAUAGUUUUAUGGGUUAAUUUUCGAUUUCUUAUCGAGCAGUUUUAAUAAUUGGGAAUGUGUAAGCAUUAUUAAACUAUGUCAUUGCCAAUAGACGAAAGCCCUAUAUUAAAUGAGGACAUUGAAAACGAUGUUACUAGCAGUCGUAGAACUUUGGUACAACCAGAUACAGUUGAGGAAACUACAGGAUGGAUCAAAUGCCGAACUGUGCUUGGCAUUAUGGGCUUCUUAGGAUUUGCCAAUGUAUAUGCAAUGAGGGUGAAUCUAUCAGUAGCUAUUGUGGCUAUGAUUAAUUCAACAGUCCCCACACCUACCAAUGAAACAGUAGAUGUGUGUCCAGCCUCACCAGCUUCCAAUGAUUCAACACCUACUAGACCAGGUGACUUCAACUGGACGGCUGAACAACAAAGUAUAAUUCUAGGUUCCUUUUUCUAUGGCUAUGUUUUAACACAGGUGCCAGGUGGUAGAAUAGCGGAAAUAUUUGGUGGCAAAUUAGUAUAUGGCAUUGGUGUAUUAUUGACAGCCAUAUUUACUAUUUUAAGUCCAAUAGCUGCAUUUAUAGACUUUAAAUUCUUCAUAGUUGUUCGAGUAUUAGAAGGUCUUGGGGAAGGUGUCACUUAUCCAGCUAUGCAUGCAAUGCUUGCUCGGUGGAUACCUCCUCUAGAAAGAUCCAAAUUUGCUGCCUAUGUUUAUGCUGGUUCAAACAUAGGUACGGUAAUAUCACUACCAAUAUCUGGAUGGCUGUGCACUCUUCAGUUUGGAGGAGGUUGGCCUCUUUGCUUCUACCUCUUUGGUGGACUCGGCAUUGUUUGGUUUAUAGCUUGGAUGUUUUUGGUCUAUGAUUCACCACAAAGGCAUCCUAGGAUAUGUCCAAAAGAGGUUGAAUAUAUCACAUACUCUAUUGGACCACAGGAAGAAAAAUCCUCUAUGUCAAUACCAUGGUUUAAAUUCCUCACCUGUCUUCCAUUAUGGGCAAUAUUAAUAGCCCAGUGUGGGCAGUCAUGGCUGUUCUAUACUCAGCUAACGGAAUUGCCUACAUAUAUGAAUAAUAUUCUGCAUUUCGAUAUUGUGUCAAACGCGCGCUUAUCAGCGCUUCCGUACUUAACCGCAUGGAUCGCGGGUAUUUUAAUCAGUAUUUUUGCUGACUGGGUGUUAGCCAAGGGCUGGAUCUCGCGACUUAACAGUAUGAAGCUGUGGAACACUGUUGCGGCCUUUGUCCCCGCUUUCGGUUUGUUGGGCAUCGCAUGGGCUGGCUGCGACAGGAUUGCUGUCAUGCUGCUGCUGAGUAUAACAUCAGCGUUUGGUGGCGCAGUGUAUGCUGGUAACCAAAUGAACCAUAUGGACCUAUCGCCGCAGUUUGCUGGUACAAUGUAUGGUAUAACGAACGCGGCCAGCAAUAUCUGCGGGUUCAUGGCACCAUAUGUGAUUGGACAAAUCAUCAGCUCUGAACAGCAAACACUGGGUCAGUGGCGCGAAGUGUUCUACUUAGCAGCCGCCAUCGAUCUUGGCGCGAAUCUCUUCUAUUUGUUCUUUGCCAGUACUGAGGAACAGGAUUGGUCCCGGCCUGAUGAUGACGACAUGACAGCAUCAGCUCCAGUCGAGAGUAUACUAUUCCCCGAAUCUUAGGAAAUACUUGUAUCACACUUGGACACCGUGGUGUGACAGUUGACACUGACAACUGACAUUGACUAUGUCAAAAGUGAUUUGGCUAGAAUUUCGAAAAAAAUAGUUAAACAAUUUGGUGCUAUUGAACCAUGAAAAUGUAACUAUAAUAACGAUUUUUAUUUUGAAUUUUAACAAUUAUACAACAAAUUUGUUAUUUACUUAUGAAAUUUAAUUGAAAAAAUAAUUAAUUUUGGCAGUUAUGAAAUAUGUAAUUCUUAGUAUAAAGUCUUUCCCAUUGUUUUUUUAAUGCCGAUAAUUUUGCACUAUAAAAUAUAAUUUGCUAAUUUAUUAUAAUGUAAUUAUGAGUUAUAUGAUGUUCUUUAAAGAUAUAUGCUGAUGCUGAAAUGUUUUAUGAAUUUUCUUAGUGGUUUGUUAUUGUGCCUUUUAGAGUAUUAACCAACUUCAAAAUGAAAUAAAUUCUUCACAUUCUUCACCAAUAAUAAAAACGAACUUGUUUAAGUACAUUUAUAAACAGGUAUUUAAAAAACUUCCACUUUACAAAUUGAAAAACAAUGCUAUUUUGUUCUCGAUAUUAAGAUACUUUU